UCUUGAAACGGAGGUGUGAGGAAAAUUAAUCCCAUGUUACUUUUAUCUUUCUGUACUUUUCUCCCCCUUGCUUGACUUAUUGAGCUAUGGCUAGAGAAAGAAGAGCUUUGGCAUUUUAAAAUAUAAUUAGUGGUCCACGAUGGGAUGGGCUGUUGGUCCCUCUGUGCCCAGUGUAAUUUGAAGCAGACCAGGGCCAGGAAGGAAGACCAGCGGUCCCACUGAGCUCUGCCUUCUGCCAGCUGCCUGGUCUGAAGACUCUGGACCUUAGUUUUCUCUCCUGUGAAAUAGGGACAACACGAUUGGCCACCUCUCAGUGAGCAUCAGCUGAGGGGCCUGAAAAGGCUUUGUGACCACUGCAGAGCACGCAGCAAUGGCAGCAGGGGCCUCUCAGUGUGCGCUCCUCCUGUUAGGGUUUUGAGAUGGAGAGGCCGCUGGAGGAGCUGAAUCCAGCGUCGUUGCCGUAGAUCACCCCUUGCCAGAACCAAUCCACCAUGCCUGAAGUUAAAGACCUUUCAGAAGCCUUGCCAGACACGUCCAUGGAUCCCAUCACCGGAGUCGGGGUGGUGGCUUCUCGGAACCGAGCCCCGACUGGCUACGAUGUGGUUGCACAGACGGCAGAUGGUGUGGACGCUGACCUCUGGAAAGACGGCUUAUUUAAAUCCAAGGUUACCAGAUACCUGUGUUUCACAAGAUCAUUUUCCAAAGAAAAUAGUCAUUUGGGGAAUGUGUUAGUGGACAUGAAGCUCAUUGACAUCAAGGACACGCUGCCUGUUGGCUUCAUCCCGAUUCAGGAGACAGUGGACACACAGGAAGUGGCCUUUAGAAAGAAGAGGCUGUGUAUUAAGUUCAUCCCUCGGGAUUCAACUGAAGCAGCCAUUUGUGACAUUCGGAUCAUGGGCCGGACGAAGCAGGCCCCCCCUCAGUACACGUUUAUCGGGGAACUAAACAGCAUGGGGAUCUGGUAUCGAAUGGGCAGAGUACCAAGAAAUCACGACUCAUCUCAACCCACAACGCCUUCACCUUCGCAGUCAUCUGCCGCGUCCACCCCAGCCCCUAACCUUCCCAGGCACAUCUCUCUAACGCUCCCUGCCACCUUCCGAGGCAGAAACAGCACCCGGACGGACUACGAGUACCAGCACUCCAAUCUGUAUGCCAUCUCAGCAAUGGAUGGUGUGCCUUUCAUGAUUUCAGAGAAGUUUUCCUGUGUUCCAGAAAGUAUGCAGCCCUUCGAUCUCUUGGGAAUCACCAUCAAAUCUCUGGCAGAAAUUGAAAAGGAGUACGAGUACAGCUUCCGCACAGAGCAGAGCGCCGCCGCCAGGCUGCCACCCAGCCCCACCCGGUGUCAUCAGAUUCCCCAGUCCUGAGGGGCCACGGCUGUGGCCACGGGGAGGAGACCUGCCGCCCAGACUACUGACAGGGCCCGGGGCUGCGGGUUGCUCCCCGCCCCCGCCCCUCCUGCCAGCCCUCCCUCCCACACACUUAGCCCAGCCGGGCUGACAGCAAUGGACUGUCCCUUCUGUCAUCAGCUUGCCUGACGUGACACCCCAGCGCCCUGGGGGCAUCGUUUCUAAUCGUAACUAACCCGUGUGUGCCGUCGUGACCAGCAGCUCCUAACGUGUCUGCGUGAUGACCAGCCGCCCCACAGAAGCCUGACCCCUCCACGGAGUCAUCGUCCACCCUGCCCCAAGCCAGUGCCCGGGGUCAUCCUGCAGCUCCCUUCGCUCCUGACCGUCGCCCACCGUGGGAGACCCCACAAUGCCACUGUUUCCUCCAGAAGAUCCAGGGGUGGUGGCUUCGCAGAGGACCCUCCAAGACUUACAGGUGGCCCCACUAGGGCUGCUGUGGAGCCAGCCCUUCUCACCGGCCUGGCAGGACCGACGGCCCCCAGCGUCUCGCAGCAUCCCCUGGGCGAUGCUGGGGGAAGCAGAGGCGCCCCUGAGUGGACCUCACCCCUCGAGACUCCUAUGGACUCACCACCUGGUCAGCACACUGGAUGUCCCCGCCUGGGGACGAGGCCAGGAUGGCUGCUGCCCAGGACACUGUGUUCACACUCACGCCCGGCAGGGCUCAGCAUGGGCCCCGCGUGCCAACACCAGCUCCCACUGCCUCCGCUGGGCCACCCUGGGAAUAGGCAUGCCCUUGCUCUGAGAUGGCACCGGGCCUGGAGGGAUGCAGGCACCGGCUCCUCAGAACCAGGCUGGGCCUCCACACCAUCCACCCCUAGGAACAAGCGGCCACGGAAAGCCCUGGACCCAAGCCCCAGAGCUGGGCCAGAGCUUUCCCCUGUCAGAGGUGCUGGCACCCUCACGACUCCUCACGCCUGCCCUGAGUGGGCGUCACUGCCGUCCCCAGGGCUCGGGCCCCAGCCUGGGCACCACCUUGCUUUGUGCUGUCUGUCCUGGUCCCAUAGGACGUGGCUGUCAUGCCUCUGGGUCGCCGGGUGGCCUGGCGGACUAGAGGUGGUAUGGGGGGUGCAGGGAGCUGCUGCCUCCCCAAGCACACCUGUCCCUGCCGCCAUUGCUGAGGUGGCCCGCGACACCUAGGUGCCCACAGGGUCCCGGCAGCAGGAGAAAGACUGGCUGGCGUGUGGCCAGGGGGCGGGCAGGGUCACAAAUACCUCAUGUCCCCACGGCAGCACCUCCCUUUCCAGACCCCAGGCCCCUCGGUUGCCCCCAAUCUUGUCUGGAUACCUCUUGAUUUCUGUGUGUUAGGGAAGUGGCCACCUCUCCCACCUCUCCUGAGACCUAAGGACACCCCUGGUGGACCCAGCUGGGAGGCCCCUGGGGUCGGCCACGGGGCCGCUGCCCUCGGUGCUCGACAGGGAGAACCGCUGGGCUGCCUCAGAUGUCUCCGCCAUAAAGCUCCUGGUGCUUCUGGGGGUCAGGAGCCCCAUGAGAACCCGUGUCUACUGCUGCUUGUCAAGGUGGCUGGUCCCGAACCAAGUGGCCUGUGUGAUUCAAAGCCCAGCAGAGGAGUGACCCGGUGGCCGGCUGUGUGGGAGGCUGGGUGGAGCUCUGGCUCCUCCUGCCCACCGCGUUCGGGUCUGUGCACUCUGUCCUUCGCCCCCACUCCUUGCCCUCGGGCAGGCGGACCCGCAGGCCCUCCCUGGCCUCCCCAUAGCAAAAGGCAUUGCCACAGCCGCAGGUAGCACUGGACAGCUCGGGUGACAGUGUGGGCCCCUGCCAGUGAGCAGGGAGGCAGAGUGAGCAGGAGGGGUUGCUGGGAAAGGAAGAGGGGUGCCCACAGCCCCCUGAUGCCACAGCCCCCCAAGCUGGGACCCAUUCUGACACCCCUGCACAUCCUCCUGCAGGGACGAGGCAGGCCACGGGGAGGAGGGCGAGUGGGAGCCAUCCCCUCCUCCGUAGCAUUGCUGACGUAGGCUGACGCUGACUGACCCUGGUCCUAGAUGGCAGCUCGACGCGAUUAGGAGGGACAGUGUUAUGGACAGUUGGUGUCUUCUGUGGUAGAUUUUAGGCUACUCCUAACCCUCGUUUCUUACCUUCUGGGAGGUGGGUGAGGGUGAGCAAGUGUGUGGGUGACAAUAAGGGCGUGUGCACAAAGGCAAGCGCCUGCUGGGGGAGGGGGCUCGUGCAGCCCCAGCUCACCCGGGCACCUGAGCGACCUCCUCUACUGUGGGGCAGGGUGUAGCCCCUCACUAGCCCCCACCCCGUCCCGCGGGAAGGGAAGGACCAGGUUCUCUUGGAAAUGUGAAGUGCAUGCACGACCUCGUCCCGGGCACCCACCCCUAGCCCUUCCCGCUGGUGCUGCUGUCCCUGCCCAGCACCCUCACCCCUCCCGAAAAAAACUAACCAGAGCACAGGGCCCUUGCUGCCUCCCCUUUUCCUCUGAAAAUUCAGGGCAUCUCCCCAAGGGUUUCGCAAAUGGCACAAAGGUGAUGAGUGUGAUUCACUCCAAGUUCACUUGCAGACAUGUGAUUAAGCCCCCCCAGGCCAAGAACUAAUGCCAGCCACACCCUCUGCUGCCCGAGGAGAUGAGAGCCCCAGUGGAGGUAGAGAAGUAACAGGCUUGGCCGCCUGCCCUUGCUCAGUGCCCUGUGGCCGAGCCAUCGUGGGAGUUGUUGACACCUGGCGGCUGGUGGUCCCUGUGUGACCCAAAAUGGCAGUGGGAGACCAGGGGACCGAAGAGUACUCAGCACCUCCUCCGUGCCAGGCUUGAGGCCAGGCACUUGAAGCACACUUCUGUCAUUCCCCCGAAAAGCAAACCCCAGACUUGGACGUCCUUUGCUCCUUGGUGCAGACGAAGAAGCUGAACUGGCUGUCCCCAGGGGCAGGCUGGUAAGUGACAGAAGCUGAUGCCACCCCGAGCCCCUGGAACAGCGUCGUCAUAACCACAUGCCUAAGGAUGGCCUGUUUCCGGUCCUGGAAAGGACUUCUGAGCACCCCUGGGCCCCACGGGUCACCACACCACUGUGCCAUGGGUACUGAGCCCAGCUGCCUGGCCCCUUCCACCCAGAAGGGGUUCCGCAAGGCCUGUGGGGUUGCUGGCACCCCCCUUUGUGGGGGACCCUGAGCCCGUAGCUCCUCCAAGAACCAAUGGGUCUGAGGCUACGAGCAAAGGGGGUCCUUAAGGAAGCAGCCUUGUGCCAUGAGCGGUGCUCCAGGCCGGUGGCUCCUGCGCUGUCACCACAGAGCCGAUGGUCUCCACUCAGGCUGCCUGGCGCCUUCAGGCAGGCCCGGCCUUCUCCAUCCGUUCUGAACUCAGGCUCGGGGGUAGCUGUGCCUGUCAUCACCAUGAGACAGGGCUUUGUCCUCCAGCAAAGGGCCCGAGUCGCCGGGCCACCCUGUCGGCCUCAGACAGGACCUAGGAAUGACACCCUUACCACGUAUUUAUUCAAGGUGACUUGUACUUGGCAAAGGGAAGUUUCACUGUGUGAUUGUCUGUGUUCUUAAUAUAAUUUGUUAAAUAAACGUUUGUUUUAACCUC